AUGGCGGAGAGUAAGGGUCCCACAACUGCCACCUCAGCGAACAAGCUCGCCAUGUCUCGAGCGCUCGGAGCUGCAUUUCUGAGUCACCAAGUCGAACAGCUGGAGAAGUCAGUUACACGUGGGCCAGCAUCUGGGAACUGGAGAGACCGCCGUCAGCCGCAAGCCGACCCAGGUCACACUAAUCGUCGCGGAAUUAUCAACCAUGCACCCAAGCAGCGCCCAUCUCCAGGCAAUAGGUCUGUGAAAAAGCCUGUUACUGAAGCUGUACCAGAGAGAGAGCGCAGCGAAGUCAAGGUGCCAAAGCACAGGAAAUCAAGCGAGGAGGCGAGGGGUGACAAGGAUGCUGAUAUAGUGGUGGUUGAUGCGAGCGUAUUGGUACAUGCCCUCCACCAGGUGAAGAAAUGGUGCAGAGAUGGACGUGAUGAAAUAGUCAUCGUGCCCCUGGAAGCCCUGAACACUCUUGAUUUACUCAAAAAGGGCACAAGUCCUCUCGCCCAGCGCGCGAGGUCAGCUUCACGGAUCUUAGAAGCUCAAGUUGGCACAAAUCCUCGUAUCCGUGUUCAGCGGGACGAUGCCUUCGUUCCGUGGGACCGCAUCGAUUUCAAGGACCUGCCACUAGAUGACGAUAAGGACAAGCCUACGUCACAGCCGCUCCAUCUGUCUGGCUCUCCGGAGUGGGUUCGACGCAUGAUCUGCUGCGCACGUUGGGAAGUUGACCACGUCGCCGAAACUCUUGCCUCUACGAGUGACAAGCUGAAAGUUGUUCUCGCGGUCCUUUCCUCUUCUGCUGCACCAGCUCAGGUCGGUCGAACUGAGACAACGCCCGAAGUCUCCUCUCCAGUACCCCUUCCAGCGCCAAGCCCGCACACUCACAAGUAUGAGCCUCGUUCAGCUGGUCUGCUGAUCGGACACUGGGCUACUCGGGCCGGUAUUACUAUCUUAGACGUGGAACCUUCCACAGCGCCGCUUUCUCUGCCUUCAUCGAACCACCCUCGUAAUGUUGACGAGGAAGAUAGAGGAAAGCGGACGGCUGGUCGAGGAACCCGUAAUUCCCAUACUGCUCCGGGUGCUCCCACCGCUCGAGGCACUGGGCUGGUUGAGCGCCCCCCUGCCGUUAUGCAAAUGAUGGAAGUAAUCUCUCAACCAAGUAAGGUCGUUCGCGUCCUCGCUAGAGGCGAGAAACUGGAGCCAGACCCAUAA